CCAGACAAGGAGCGAUGAAUAAGUUGUUUCCACUGAGACUCUGCUGCUCCUAGGUUGUCUGACCCGCUGUAAGCCGAAGCUGCAUAGUGAACCCGAGGAGCACUGGCUGGGUGAAGAGAUAUCUUAUUCAGUGAGCCGAGACUUGGAGUUCUAAUGAGUUGUUGAAGGGUUUCACAGACCAUGAAGGCGAAGGACGGUGACGACGGAACAACCACACCUUGACGGAAAGUCGGGUAUACCUACCCCACCACGCCCACCAUCAAUCCCACUUAUGAGGCGUUCGAGAUGUCCAGUGGGCGAUCUGCCCAAGCUCCUCUGCCCAGGGAUUGCCCCGCCAAAUUGGGGUCCAAGCGCUGCAAGUUUGUUCCUUAGGCACUCAUCAUCGGCGAUUGGGGAGGCGCCAAAUUUCCCCAGGCCGAGCGUCCAGUCGUGGCCAACCUUCCAGAUGGUUGGAGCAAGGAGACUUUGUUUAUGGAAGCAUGCCAACCGACUUUCCCCAAGACCAUCCUGACAACACCCACUCCUCCCUCAGACCUACGCAACUUCCUGCCAGUCGAUGAAGCCUGAAUAGCUUCAUCAUGGCCAUCAACUAUCUCAUCCUCCUUUCGCGCCAGGGCAAAGUGCGCCUGGCCAAGUGGUUCACCACCUUGUCCCCAAAGGACAAAGCCAAGAUUGUCAAGGACGUCUCACAGCUUGUUCUUGCCAGACGAACCCGGAUGUGCAACUUUCUGGAAUACAAGGAUACCAAAAUUGUCUAUCGCCGAUAUGCCUCCCUCUUCUUCAUCGCCGGCUGCUCCUCCGAAGACAACGAACUGAUCACGCUCGAAAUCAUCCACCGAUAUGUUGAGCAGAUGGACAAGUACUACGGCAAUGUGUGCGAGCUAGAUAUUAUCUUCUCUUUCACCAAAGCCUAUUACAUCCUUGACGAGCUAUUGCUGGCGGGAGAACUGCAGGAAAGCAGCAAGAAGAAUGUGUUGCGAUGCAUCUCCCAGCAGGAUGCCCUUGAGGACAUGGAGGUCGAGGAUGAGGUCACUAAGAUCAUGUAG